AUGUACUUCCUUCGUGUAAUGAUGUGCCUGUGUCUGUCAGUUUCUGUCGUUUUGGUAAAGUUAAUAUAUUAUUUACAUUUUUAUUUUUGUAUUUUAUAUUUUGUAUUUUUUUUAUUUUAAAAAUAUUAACUUGGACUACUUCACGUACCUAGUAAUUUGUAAUAUCGCAUUAAUGUAGAAUUGUUAAAAAACAAAUAUACAUCUUAACAUGCUAUAUUUUAUAGUUCAAACGAUUUUAAAAACAGUUUUAACACAAUUUUAAACCAAUUAACAUUGGUCCAAAAUUAUUGUCAUUAAAUCGGUAUUUUUCUAAUACCUAGUCAUACAUUUUCUUAUUUUGGUAGCUUAACCUAUUUAUACCUAUUUAUGAGUUAGUGUCUUAGUGGCUUUACAUUUUUACUAAAAGUAAUUAAUUGUUACGUGUUAGUUUUAUACAUUUAUACUAUUGGUUCUUAAGUAAAUAAAUAGUAGAUGUAUAUUUUUUAGUUUAAAAACGGCUGUUUGAUCUUUACGCACGGAUCAAUUUUCUAUAAAAUACAAUCUUUGUCCAAUUCGCAAUCUAAAAUGUUACUCAACAAAAAAUUUUAGUCAAAAACAUAAAAUAUUUUAUAAUGUUUAGAAAAAUAAUAAAUAUUAUAAAUAAUUUAAAAAACUAUUGAUUUUGACUAAUGUACUUUUAUUUAUACGAUUUUAGAGCGCAAGUUCUUUGAAAUCAGCUGAUAAUAAUAAUUCGGAUGCAAAAAUAAAAAGUUGCUUACAAGAAACAAAUUUUUCUUAUGGUGAUUAUAUUUCUAGUUACCUAUCUACUUAUUAAUAAUUAUUUCGUUAUGAUUUUUUUUUUUAAGUAAUAUUUUUCAUAGAUAUUUAAUAUUUAACAAUAUAAUAUUCUUUUAGUUAUUUACUAUACAGGAUGAUUUUGGAUUUGUAUGAACCAGCUAAUUUCUCAAAAUAUUUUAAUAUUAUCUAAAUAUUAUUCCUGGAUUUGUUUUCAAUCACCGUGGUAAAGAAUUGUUUAAGCUUUAACACUAGGUAUUUUAUUUUACUAUGUAUACCAAAUAAUUUUUUUAAUUACCUCUACUCAUUAUAACUUAAAAAAGUGUUGACUUUAGAUUUUCAUUCUCUAGUAAAUUCAAUAUUAUUGUAGCCGUAUAUCGUUAUACAAUCGACAGUUUUAUUUUUUAAAAAAAUAUGCUAUUUACUAAUUCGUUUAGAAAAUAGGGACAAUUGCUACUUGAAAUUCAAAAGUUAAUAUGUAUACGGAAUAAGAUUAUGAUAUGUUUAAAAUAUUAAAUGAUUCUAUGAUGAGAACAAAACACCAAUAUCGAUUUUACUAAAAAACUUAAAAAUCUUUAUCUCAAAAAUCCUGUAAGUUUACCAUUAAUGGACAACAGUUUAUGAAUUAAUUAUACUACAUCAGUAUAAUGAUAAUCAAUGAUAUAUCUAUAUGCCGUAACUAUUUAAUAAUAAUCAUUAUGUUUGAAUAAUUUUUUUAUAGAUGAAUUCAAAGUAUUGGUCGCAAAAGGUGUACCAGAAACACAAGCAGAAAAAGUUUGUACAAUAUUAUACCAUUGAUUAUAAAUAAUACUUAAUAUUCAUAAUCAAUUUCUAUACCACUAAAGGUGCCCAUAUAGAUACUAAUAUUAUUUUUUUUUUUUUCAGUGCAUGACGGGUUGUAUGUUAAGAAUAUUAAACAUGGUGAGUAUAUACGGUGAUACAAUGAUAUGCAGAGUGUAACUGGACUAUCUAAAAUUUUUACCUAUGUAACUACAAUGUAAAAAUGCCAAAUGGUCCUGUUGUACCCUGUAUGGAUGUCAUAAAUUUGUCAAAUAACAAUAAUAACCUGGAUGGUAUCGAAUGUUUUUUGCAGAUUAAUAAUUUAAAGUUUACCGAAACUGGAUAUAAAAAAUUGUUAUACACGUACUUCGGAACCAACGAGGAAAUUAUUUCUAAGGCGAAUACCUUUAUAGAAUACUGUGCGAAGCAAGGUAAGAAAGGGUUUUUUUUUAUAUUGACAUAAAAUAAAUACAAAUACCUACUCUAAACAUCACCUCAAAUAUUGCCAAAUAAUAAACAUGGUUAUAUAAAUAAUAUUGAAUUUGAAAUAGAUAAUAUAUUUUUACAUUUAUUCUAAAUAACAUUAAUUCAAAUAUAUUGUUGAUUCCAUUUUACCUGAAAUAGGUAUAAACUGUUCCAUGUCUAGCAAAACCAGCGCCCGGUGCUUAAAAAAUGUAUCAAAAAAAAAAAAAAGUCAUCAUAAUCUUUUAUACUAAACCUGUCUGUCGACGUUCACUCAUACAUGUAUUGUAAAAAUAAUCAAUUACAAAAUUUUUAACAUUUUCAUUGGUGCCUCUCUGGUGUCAGUUUAACGCACCCUGCAGGUUAUAGCACCCGGUGCUUAUGCACUUCUCACAUCCCCCUAGACACGGCUCUGGGUAUAAAUAACUAUACUUUAAGAUUAUUAUAAAAAAUAUUUAAAAUAUUAACUGUAGUUUUUUUUAAUAUAAAUAUAUUUAAUUCAUAGGCGAAUCAGAGGCAACCGAUGAAUGUUCAUUAGCUGGUAUUGUUGGUUCUUGUGUUGCAAAAGAAGCUAGCAAAGUAAGAUAUAGACUCAACUCUAAGAUAAUCUUAUUUAUUUAAUUUAUUUUCGUUGAAAGUAAAAUAUAGGUAUUAAUGUAUAAUAGAUGACUAGAGAACGGAAUUAUACAUAGGUACUUAAAAUUCAUAAAAUUGUUCUUAAAAGCGUCAAAAAAUCCCUGAAAAUGCACUUAAAAAUGGCAAAGAGUAGAAAGGUUUUAAAAAUGCCCUCUCGAUUCUCACUCCUCUAAUUUAUAAAAUAUAAUUUUCUAGUAUUACAAAAAUGAUUAACACAAGUAAUUUUUUUUAAUAAUACAUAAACCUUCAUUGAAAACAAAUUACUUUGUGUUAGUAAUAUUUGUAUAGGUGUUAGACGAUUAUAUUUAAUUAGUAUUUUAUAAGAGAGAAAGAAUUUCAAACGGUUAACAGUUUUGGUUUUUUAAAUAUUUAUAAUUGCUUUUUCCGAAACUUUUUCAAGCGCCUUUUCGUGAAUUUCAAGUGUACAAAAAUACAUUUCUAAUAGAUGGCUAUAAUUAGAUUGUUUUUAAAAGUAGUAGAAGUUCGAUAACCUUUAUCAAAAGUUUACGAAUUUAAGUUAUUUUUCGAUAAUAGUAUAUUAUUUCUAAUAUAUUAUAAUAUUUAUAUUUUAGGGUUUAUUCUAGGGAUUUCUCCCUACUGUCCAAAAUCUAAAGACCUCUCUCUAAAAAAAUAGCAUAAAACUUCUCAGAUUUCAAAAAUUCUAAAACAAAAAACACUAACAACUAACAAGAAGUGCAGGAUUUCUAAAAUAAUAUUACUACAGAACUAAAUAGUAUAACUAAUUUUUUAAUUUUCAAACACGGUAUUUGUGUACUAAUGUCUAAAAAAACAGACAACCAUCUGCACGUUUAAAAUUUCUUACAGCUUACUCUAAUUUGGGUCGUAUUACCCGUUAUAAUAAGGUUUGGUUCAUUUAACAAUGAAACAAAAUCGUUUUGAUAGUUUUAUUUAAUACUUAAGGUCAUAUUCGGCGUGAAUUAAUUUUAACUCUUAUAAAAAAAGGGUUGAUUAUCAAAUAUUAUUUAUAAUAUCGUUUUAUUACAGCUUGGCAUAACUAUUGGACCGGUUAACGUUAUCAAAAAUUAAGUUUUAUCAAAAUUGCGAAACAGUAAAUGGUUCUCUUUUUUAUUAUUAUUAGUGUUAUUUAUUUUAAAUUAUUUUAUUACUAAUUAAUAUUAACAUUACCUAUUUCCCUGAAUAUUUGGGCUCUAACUUUAAUAUUAAUAAUUUAUCAACAAAAAAUGUAUGCAAAAAUGUUUGCUUAUGUGGCUAAAAAUAAACAUUUUAUUUAAACUACAAAAUACAGUGCAUUUUUUUUUUAAAUACCUAGUUAUUACAAAAUAAUUGAUAUAUUUCGGUGAUUAAAACCUGAAAUCUAAAUACUUGUGCCUAUAUUAUCUUUAUACUACUCUCCGGAUUUCCCAUACCUACAAUAGUAGACAUAUACAUAUAUAUAUAUAUAUAUUCGUAGAACUGCUAAGUCUAAAAAAAAAACCACUACAAAUGAUGAACUUUCAAUUGCAAAAUUCACAAAAAAGACAGUCUACAAUAUUAUACAAACACAUAUUGUAGUAAUUCUAUACAAAGGUAUCAUAAAGUGUGAUAAGGAAUAUAAUACUGUUUAGACCACCUAAUACUUUUAUCGAAUUACUAUUGUAGUCUGGAACAAAAUGUAUCUCGUGUCUACAUAUUAUUAUAACAUUCAAUGGAAUUCUUAACGGCGUUAUCAAACUUAUUGCUUAUUAAUUAUAUCGUUUGUUAAAAUUUACUAAGCUAAAAUAAUACCUAGAUACGUAAUACUAUACGAUUAGAAAUGAAUAUCAACAACAAUUUGAAACAUACCAGAUUAAAAAACGAUUUUAUGAACAGUGGCGGAUUUAGCGUUUUGGCACCCAUAGGCUUAAUCGCUCUGGCGCCCCCACCCACCUAUUCACACUUCUAAGAAACCAAGAAUAUUUGGUCUGAACUCUUCACUUCAAAUUGCAUUCACUUUUUUUUAUCCAGAAUAAUACUUAUAUGUUUUACAUUAUUAUAGUCACAACGAAUUACUGUUUAUUUGUAGAAUAAUAAAUUAGGUAGGUACCUACAUAAAGAACGAUGCGCGUUGCAGUUAGUGACUAUCUACAAUACUGCACCACUAGACUUGUACAAUGUAUGUGAUGAAAUCAAAGUUAAAAUUUCAACUAAAGAAGGAAAGAAAUAAAGUCAGACAAAAAGAUCCACAAGUACAAAAUUGUUGUACUAUUUUCAAAAGCGUGCCCGCUGGAAGGUUAAAUAAAAUAAUGAAAAGUACAUACUUACCUACUUGUUCAUUAGAGCAAUUAAAGUACUUUAUGCCGAGUUUACAUGCUGCGUAGUACUUGUCAUUAGUAUUAGUCACUCGCACUACUACUCGUUCUCCUACUAUCUAACUAUUGUUCACACGUGAUUGCCAUACUUACUAGCAAGCAAGUAGUAGCGAACCAAACGUCACGAUGAACCGCCGCAUUUUUUAAAGAAAACUUUUAAACAUUAUGUCAACGUUAUAAUAUCAUCAUUUAUUCAAGAACUUGAAAACGAAUCGGAAAAAAAAACGAUUAUGGACAAGAAAAUGGUUGCUGCGACGGGAUACCCUUGGUAAUUCAGUUGGGAUUUUAAGAGAACUUGAUACUGAAGAUCAACUUGAGCAUAGAAGUUUCAUGAGGAUAACACCUGACCAAUUUGAAUUUCUGUUACAAAAAAUAUCACGUCUAAUUCAAAGAGAAAAUACAAUUAUGCGAUUAACUGCAACCCCUGCGAGGAUAAAACGGGAAUUAACAUGUUCUUUUUUAGCUACAGGUAAUAGAUAAAUCGAAAAGUCAACAAAAUACACACGUGAUCCUACCUAUAAUUGUUGCUAAGCACUAACAUCGGACGGUCACACGUUGCGAGUGCAACCGCGAGUAGAGCAGAGUCGUGGAGUGGGUAACUACUUGUCAUUAGUAAAUAGAACCGGAUGA